CUUUGACCUGGUUGUUGCAUUCCAAAGAGGCUUGUCCUGCAGCAGCGCCAACCCUGCACUCAUACUGCUUCUGUGCUACAGAGAGACGAUGCGUGUUGAGCUAGUUUAGACAAGACACUGGGCACAGUAGCGAGAAUAAUCAAAAACUAGCAGACUCCACAGCAUCGUCCCGAGCUAAAAGGAACGUCUUGUCUUGGGUCUACACAGUUAACCCAUAACGUUGUUAGCCAUUUUGCUAAGAAGCUAAACCGCCAUCGUAUUGAGGUUGCGUUAUAGACACACAGCAGGCUAGCCGCAGACACCAGCGCAGAGGAAAUGAAGGACAAACAAAAGAGAAAGAAGGAGCGGACCUGGGCUGAGGCAGCUCGCAUGGUUUUGGAGAACUUCUCUGAUGCACCCAUGACUCCCAAACAAAUCCUCCAUGUCAUCCAGACCAAGGGGCUGAAGGAAAUGCGGAGUGGUACAGCACCUUUGGCCUGCCUGGUCACUAUGCUGCACUCCCAGGUCCGGGGAGACAGAGUCAAGAACAGCAUCUUCUUCAAGCUGCCUGGGCGGAUGAGCCUCUUCACUCUCAAGAAAAACGCCCUCCAGUGGACAAAGACAACAUCAGAGUCGGAGACACCAACAGAGCUAGCCAGCAGCACGGCCGGCCCCGCUUCCAGCAGCAGCACCUCUGCAGCGGGCACAGGGGUGGCCCCGGUCGGAACCACUGAGGCCACUGAGCAGGAAAGCUGCGACUCCACUGAGACCACCGCUGCCAGCGGGGACAAUGACGCCUCGGUGGAUGAGAGCUCGUCCAGUGCCUCCUGCUCCACAGAACUGCCGGCUCCCAGCAACCAGCCCCAGACCCGCCUCAGCAGGGCGGCAGGACAGCAAGGACGCACAGAAGCACAGCAGACCCAACAUGCUCAACACACCCAGACCAGACUGAGCCGCUCAAGACAGUCAGGGAGACAGAGGAAGAAAGCAGUCAUGAUGCCUCGUGUUGUCCUCACCCCUCUUAAAGUAAAUGGAGAGCAUGUCCCCUCAGGUCCCAUGAAGAGGAGUCGGGGAGGGGUGGAUGUAGACUUUGAAACACCAGGCUCCAUCCUGGUCAACACCAACAUCAGAGCCCUCAUCAAUGUGCGUACCUUCUCAGCCUUCCCCACACACUCGCAGCAGCAGCUGCUGCAGCUGCUGCCUGAGGUGGACCGGCAGAUUGGACCAGAUGGUAUGGCCCGACUGAGUAGCUCAGCUCUCAACAAUGAGUUCUUCACCCAUGCCUCCCAGAGCUGGAAAGAAAGGCUGGCGGAAGGUGAGUUCACCCACGAGAUGCAGGUGCGUUUCCGGCAGGAAAUGGAGAAAGAGAAGAAGGUAGAGGCUUGGAAGGAAAAGUUUUUUGAAGAGUACCAUGGGCAAAAAUCUGGCCUGACACAAGAAGAGUCCCUAAAGCUGACCAUGAGGGAAGCCAGUGAAGUUGCAGCCAGUGUGCUGGACAGCGAUGUGGCUGCGGUGGCAACUGGUACCCCCAAGAGACGCAGUGUAGGUCGGCGGAGGAGAGACGGCAGGAUGAGGAGACGCACACGGGCGGACCUGCGUCGGAGGGCCCGCCGGACCCUUUGCAAGGGCACUCCUCCAGUCCUGCAGUCUGCAGAAGCAGCUGAGCCCAGCGCUGCUCUGGACAUCCCAGCAGUUUCUGUUGGCUCUCCCAUGUCCGACAACACUGUUGUUCAAGGUGAAGUGGUGCUGCAGGCUGAGUGUGGUGUGGAGCUCCCUGCUGAGAGUACCUCCAUAGAGUCAAAGCCCGAGCCAGAGCCAGAGCUAGUUGCAUUGCCAGCCUCAACUCCUACCCCCACUCCCAGCCCCAGCCCAGCCUCCAUCAGCGCAAACGAAGAGCCUGAAGCUGCAGCCCGCCUUCUCCCAGAAGAGACUGCACCUGUACUGGCUUCCACCUCCUCACCUUCCACUUCCUCCUCCUCCUCCUCUUCUUCAUCGUCUGCCUCCUCGCCUGUCUCCUCCCCCUCCUCACCUUCUGAAAGACAAGGAGCUUUUGCCGCAGGCCUCGACUCUUCUUCAUCCUCCUCAACAUCCUCCAGUGCCGCAGUCGCAGUCGAUCCCCUGGAUGACACUGCCUCCGUUGUCACCUCCAUUACAGGGGGUACCGCCACCAGCAGCCGUGAGAGUAGCCCCUCAGCCAGCCCAGCCACCACCCCUGUACCCAGUGCUCAGCUCAAGGAACAGAAGAGAAGGCCAGAUGAGACUCAGGCCUUCUCCAGCUUCCCCGAAAAGAGGCCGCGGCUUGAUGACCGUCAGUCCUUUCGUACCACAAUUGACGGUGUCCGUACGGAAAAGCCGCAGCCGACAACCGAAGAGCCCAAGGUGCCGCCUAUCCGGAUUCAACUGUCCAGAAUCAAACCCCCCUGGGUCAAAGGUCACCCAACCUACCAGAUCUGCCCCCGGAUCGUGCCCCCCGGCGAAGGCUCGCGGCGGUCUGGGACGGGGGGCGCGCGUACCUUGGCGGAUAUCAAAGCCCGUGCCCAGCAAGCCCGGGCCCAGCGCGAGGCCGCUGCUGCUAUUGCAGCCAUUGGCGACGGGGCAGGGCCGGCAGGGGUCAGGCUGCGGCCUGCUGCUGGGCUACCGGAUAGCAGCAAUGGACGACGAGCCAGAGAGCACCCAGGACCUAUCGAGCCAGGAGGAGGAGGAGGAGGUGGAGGAGGAGGAGGAGGAGGAGGAGGCGGCGGCGGAGGCGGCGGAGGAGGAGGAGGAGGAGGAGGAGGGAUGGAGGAGGAGGGAUUGUCUUCAGGCACUAAUUCGUCUGGAACACAACUACAGCUUCUCAAUGUAGAGCCCAAGCCCCAGCCUUCCCCUUCCCUGUCCACUACCUCAACCUCAAUGUCUUUGGAGGCCCCACAGACCCCAAGCCCUCCUCUAGAGGAUGCAGCUGGGGGGCCAGAGACAGGAGAGGAAGUAGAAGCAACAUCAACCAGUGUCCAGAGUUCCUUCAAUGGUUUCGCAGACGAGGCAGCUGACUUGCCCUAUCCAAAGCCUGAGUUGACCGAGACUCCUGCUGCCCCUUCAGAGAUGGACCAGGGUUCUAAAAAACCCUCACUGGCUCCAACCUCCAUCCCAGAUUCCCUUCCCAGGUUCGGAGCUCAGGGUGUGGAUGUUAUUCAGACGCUGGCCAGCUCCUGUCAGCCCAAAGAGCUGGUACAAGGGAAGGAGGCUGGACUGGGUGGUGUUAUCCAGCAUGGUUCCAACCACGUGGAACACCAAGAACUAUUAUCUGACUCAGCUGCAGAGAGACGGCAAACAGACUCAUCCUUUCCUCAAAAAGUGCAUUGCUCAGGUAGAGAGAAAGAAGACGAGGCUGGGACACAUAGCGACUCCACGGAAACGGCUUCAGACUGUGAGAAUGACAUCCAGGAGGAUGAGCAGCAGCAACCUGACCAGGACUGGUGCCCCCAACUGAGCAUCCAUAGAAACGGCCAGCUGGUCAUCUGCAGCCCUCCUCCUAAGAACCAGCAGCCAGUCAUACAGGCCCACGUGUCCAACCGCCAAGGUCAGACUGUCAUUCAGCCUUGCUUCCCCAACGGCCUGCCACAUGCUCAGCACAGUGGCCUCCGUUCCCAGGACUUCCAGUCUCUCCCCACAGACCACCCGCAGGGUCUAUGGGACAACAACGUUGUGGUGAAAAUGGAGUCUGGAGAUGAUUGUAGAGCCUCCAGACAGAGCUCUACUGAAGAAGAGUGUCGUGAAGGUUUGAAACCCUCGCUCACACACCCAACUGCUGCAGCUGCAUCAAAGAGACUGGCCAGUUCAGCCAGACCAGUUUCUAGUGUGGAGGCCAACAACCCUUUAGUCACUCAGCUACUACAGGGCAGUCUGCCCCUGGAGAAAGUUCUACCCUCACACUCUGCCAAUAGGCUGGAGAUCAGCCGAUUACUAGGAACUACACCACCAUUGGCAAGGACCCCAGGGCCUCGCAACAGGCCUGAGGUUUCAGCCCAGUCGCAUAGCCCAGAACUGAGUGCAGCCUCUCAGAUCCACAACAAGUCUCCGACAGGUCGCCUAGUCUCCUGUUUGAUUGAGGCCCCAGCUGCGUUGCCGUGUCAGUCUCAGCAGGCUCCCGGUGCUGUCCCGGUCAUCACCUCUCUGCCACCCUUUUCCUCUUCCUCCAGUUCUUCGUCCUCAAGAAGUAAGUCAGACCAUAGCUCUCAGACUGCUGUGGUGUCUGCCGUUAUAAAAGACUCUCAUGGUCGUCAGCCCUCGCAGGGAGUCACUCCAGACAGGCCCCAGCUAGCCCACCAAACCAUGCCUAAUGGCCCCUCUCCUCCCAAUGCAGACCCCUGUCCUGCAGAGGUGGUGCCUACUAUUAAGAUCAACUGGCGGCCCCCACUGUCUCACGAACUGCAGCUUUCUCCUGCACCCACCAUAAAGAAUGAAGUCGGUGCACGUCCCGCUUGCCAGGCUCUUUCCAAAUCCUCCCCCAUUAAACCCAUGAGUGUUACAAAAAAAGAGCCUGGGAGUUCUGUGGAUGGCUACCUGAGCGGAGGGGCGAUGGAGGGACUCCUCAACAUGGAGAUGACUUUAGCAAGGAUGGCAAAGAAGGAGCACAGCAAAGCUACCUACUCCUCUGGCUCUCCCUCCUCUUCCUCCUCCUCCUCCUCCCCCUCCUCUACUGUCUCUGCCCUUCCCUUCCAGCUGUAUGGGAAGCUCCCCAAACAUGGUGGUGUUGGAGGAGUAAGCUACACAGCCAACGUGUCGAUGAUGGACAACGGCGGUUUCUCCCGGAGCAUGGCGGACAGUGUUCUCCAGCUGCGCCCCCGCCUGGCCUCCGGUCAGACCACCCUCAGUAUCCAGGCCUUUACUGACAGUACGGCCGAGGAGGUGGCGCUCAAGUGCUCGUGUCGCCUCAAAGCCAUGAUCAUGUGCCAAGGCUGCGGUGCAUUCUGCCAUGACGAUUGCAUCGGGCCCUCCAAAUUGUGUGUGUCAUGUCUAGUGGUCAGAUAGUAUGUGGAAGUCAGAAGUGCUAUCUGUACAGUGUCAGCAGCAGGACUGAGAGGCUCCACAGUGUACAGAAUCCUGAGUAGGGUAGAGCACACAGGAGGAGCCUAACAGGCAAGAUUUGCCUUGUAUAAUAUAAUUGGUAUGUAUUUUUGUUGUUUCAGAUUUCUUUUUUUGCUGUACUUAUAUAUUAUUAUUAUUAUUAUUAUUAUUAUUAUUAUUGUAAAUUGUGCCUUUUUUUCUUUUUUUUUUCUUUCCUCAAAAACAUUUACCUCAUCUUGCUCCACCUGUCAUCAUUUGAUGGCCAUCAUUGUUUUGGUCCCUUGUUUCCUCAGCAAACGGGGACCUAUUGUUGUGUCAUUGCGCAAAGAAGUAUUUUUUUAAACCAUUAAAAUGAGUAAAUUACAUUGUUUGGGUAGUUUGUGUUUUGACUCAUUAAACUCAUGUCUGUUCAGUACAAUGAACAAAUAAAGAGAUCAUUGAACUGUGA